ACACAUGUUCAAACAUCUAUUACUACGCACGUAUAGUACAUCUACGUGUAUAUGCUCGCGACAACGUAUAUGCGCAUCCAUAUAUUAAGCGCCCUCGAGUGACCGCACGCGUUCAGACGUACCGACGUUUUGUUAUUUUCUACAAACGUCACUACGUCUGAAUAGUGUACGGUCGCGUAAAAAACAUUAACAAACAUUGAUUUGAAAUUUUAUCGCUAAAUAAAUGGAUAAAGUUUGUUUACGAGUGAGAACAAAGUAACCGAAUUAAUGGAUCGUGAUCGUGACGUUUAUAUUAUUAAAAAGACAUUCGGCCAUUAGUGGAUCAGUGUUUCGUGACCGUGACUGACUUCACGUAUACGUAUACACAUAUAUCCGCCACGUAUGUAAGUACGUGUUUACAAGAACCUAUCAUAUGCCUCCAAUUCUCUCAAUAUUUUUAGAUAUUUCAUUGAUAUGGAAAUUAUUUCCUCUCUACUUGAACAUCGGUUAUUAUCGACCAAAUUUUAAACAAGCAGGAACGUUAUUGCACGUUAUUUAAAUAUUUCGGAGGGAAUUCGUUCAAUGUCCUUGAACCAUGCUUCGAACGAUUGUUGUACCUUAUAAUGCGAUGUGUCAAAUAGUCGUUUCUUUAAAUUAAUUUGUUUCUCUGAUUCGUUCCUGAUAACCAACCCGUAUUGGAUUUUUUGGAUCGUUAGAUUUCUUACAUAUUUCGUGACAAAAAUGAAUAAAUUAUGAGUAACGAGGAACAGUUUAUACGUUCGUAUUAAUUUGCAAGAUCGUGCCUAGAGGAGUACUAACAAUUAUCGUCGAAUACUUUCUUACGCAUUUUUCUUCUUCGUAUAAAUUAAAAGAUGAGCUGUGUCCGUUGCUGUUUAAUCAGCGCUGGUCGUAUAGCGUCUGGGACGCAUGUAGCCAACCAUGUUCACAAAAUUGUAAGAGUGGCUAUCACUAGAUCGUUGACGAUCAGUGGUACUUUGGGAAAAGCACCCACGGAACCUACUCCGCCUGGUAAAGAUAGUAGUAGCGGAGUAUCUUCUGUUGGUAGUAACGGAGGGAAGAAGAAUACGCUUACGUGUCCGAAAUGUGGUGAUCCUUGUACGCACGUAGAAACUUUUGUGUCAUCAACGAGAUUCGUGAAAUGUGAAAAAUGCCAUCACUUUUUCGUUGUUCUAUCGGAGGUAGAUUCGAAAAGAAGUCUUAAGGAAGCCUUAAGAACAGACGACACGAAACAAGGAUUUUACAGAAAACCACCACCACCGCCAAAGAAGAUUUUUGAGUACCUAAACAAACAUGUUAUAGGACAAGAGCAUGCUAAAAAAGUUUUGAGCGUUGCUGUUUAUAAUCACUACAAACGAAUCUAUAAUAAUUUUCCAGUGCAGAAUUCGAUGCCAGGUUCCAUUAACACUACUGGUACACAAGAUCUGAAUCAUCCCUUCACUCAUAGAGGUCUUAAGCCACAUUUAUUGCAUAUUUCAACCGUUGGAAAUUCGCUUGGUGUUGGUUUCCAACAGUUUCCAACAGGAAACGAACAUAAAUCGACUGAUAAUCAGUCGACCUCUGGAUCAGAUAUUUUAGACAGUAAGCAACACCAGUUGAAAUUAGAGAAAAGCAAUAUUCUACUACUUGGCCCAACUGGUAGUGGAAAAACGUUACUCGCUCAGACGAUAGCUCAGUGUUUGGACGUACCUUUUGCUAUUUGUGAUUGCACAACACUGACACAGGCGGGAUAUGUUGGCGAAGAUAUAGAAAGCGUUAUCGCGAAGCUACUACAAGAUGCCAAUUACGUGGUCGAUAGGGCACAAAUGGGAAUCGUAUUCUUAGACGAAGUGGAUAAAAUCGGUGCCGUUCCUGGUAUACAUCAAUUACGAGACGUUGGCGGAGAAGGUGUUCAACAAGGAAUGUUGAAAAUGUUGGAGGGUACAAUCGUAAACGUACCCGAAAGAAAUAGCUCGAGAAAAUUGCGUGGAGACACGUUACAAGUUGAUACUACAAAUAUUUUAUUUGUUGCUUCCGGUGCUUACAAUGGAUUAGAUAGACUGAUUUCACGUCGUAAAACCGAAAAAUACCUUGGAUUUGGUGCUACGCCCUUUAAGGAGAGUCCUGGCAGAAGAGCUGCAAAUUUAGCCGAUGUUGCAAACAUGUCACCUUCUACAGAAAAAGAUAACAAAGAGAAAGAUCUAUUGUUACAACAAGUGGAAGCCAGAGAUUUAAUCGAUUUUGGUAUGAUUCCCGAAUUUGUUGGCAGAUUUCCUGUUCUUGUACCUUUUCACACUCUGGAUAGGGAUAUGCUGGUCAGAAUAUUGACGGAGCCUCAAAAUGCUAUGGUGCCCCAAUAUCAAAUGUUGUUUUCAAUGGACAAAGUAGAACUGACAUUCACCGCGGAUGCGUUAAAUGCUAUAGCGUCAUUAGCGAUGGAAAAAAAGACGGGCGCAAGAGGACUUCGUGCUAUUAUGGAAGCAUUGCUUUUAGAACCUAUGUUCGAAGUACCAGGUAGCGACGUAAUGUCUGUUCAUGUAACAGAAGGUUGUGUACGAGGACAAGAAAAACCGCAAUAUGUUAAAAGGCGCGAUGUCCCUGAGGACGAAUUACAAGCUCAACAUAUACAAAAUUAACAAAUACUUCAUACAAAAGACACACCCCACGUUUGACCGAUUUUCCUCGAAAAAAUGAUACAAUUGUAAACAAUUACUUCUUAAUUCUGAAAUUUCUUUUCUUAUUAAACAAUUAAAAUUAUAGUACAAGUUACAUCGAUACGAAAACGGGUCGAUGCAGACGAAAUUUCGAGGAUAUUAUACCGGUUUCAUAAAAGUAUGUAUAUGUGUAUAUAAAUCGAGUCAAUCAGUGGUUCUUUAUUAUACGGAGUGGACCAAUAUACGGAAUAGGAUUUAUGUCGAUAACUUUUUCAUUAAUUAACUAAUUUCAACUAAUAAGCAAUGUGUGCUUAAUGUGUGAAGAUUUUUUUGACUCUCGUUGCCUUACAAAGUAAGGCUCUUUCGAUUUCAUUGUAUAUAACCUUAAUUAAUAUUAAAGGUACUAACGUUCGAAUUUUUGCGAGAAUGAUUCUUCUUAAGCUAUUCGACUGUACACUAUUUAUUCAUGUAUUUCCACAGAAUGUAUUGUUGUGGGAAAGAAGUUCGAAGAAAGAAAUCCUAGUUUUACUUGCUACUUCCUUCGCUAAAUUUAUCUGAACGACUCUCCCACGACUCAGUUAUAGUAUACAUAUAUGUAUAUAUACUUGCAAUGAAAACGUGCACUACAAGUUUACUAACAAAAAAGUUAUUUACUUGUAAAAUUUUAUUCUGCCCAUUGGUCCACUUUGUACAUACGUGUAUAUACAAUAUACACACACUUAUAUAUAUGUAUGUGUGUGUAUAUAUAUAUAUAAGUACGCGAGCAUCGCGUAAACACACACACACACGAUCGAAUAAAUAAAUUUAUCCAAAUUUCACUUAUUAAACAAAGUGAACAAAAAUCUAAUUGCAGAUAGAAUAUACAGUUGUGUAGAUUGUAAAUAUUUUGACCGCAUAUACGGAUAUAUAAAUAUUUCUGUCUUUCACGAGUCUAAUAUUUGUUCGUAUAUUUUGUGCGUUACUGCAUUGUAACAGAUAACGAAAAACAAAAAGCGACAAACAAAUAAACAAAAUCAGUCGUGUUUAUCAA